AAUCGAUCUUUAGUCUACAAAGAGAGCUUGAGAUUGUUUCUGAAAGAUUUGUUGGUGUUAUUGGCGAUGAUUUGAUGUACAGUUGUAAAUCUAUUGUUGUCUGAGGAAGAUUCCUUGGGAUAUACUAAACAUUCAAAGAUUUAAUUUGCCUUCAUAAGACAAGGACCUUAUUCUUAUAAACAACUGACAGUAYCGAUUCUGGAGUUGAGCUUGGACGAUGUGCGAAUUGAUCUUUACAAUUGGGUGCUAAUUAAGAUAUAAGGCGUGGCCAUCUUGCUACACGGCAACAUAAAGUGUUUUGUGAUUGGUGGAUUSUUGUAGUCUUAGGUAACGUUACAAUAGGUGUACCAAUGAUAGACUUGUACUCUACUCGUGGUUGGACCGUGUCUUGGAUGUUAUUGUUUACACUACUCACUACUCAGCUGACAGAACUUCGAUAAAGGAAAAAAAGAACACACGAACUAGAUAUAAGAGCCACGCGACACACAAAUUAGCCAGUUGAUAGGCUUGUGACGGCUUGAUGUGCACACAGACCAAAUCCUCUUCAACAACCUAACUUCGAUUUUGCUUCGCCGAAAAAAAACGCCGAAGUUUUAAACUGACAGUGAGCCUUUUGGAAGUCCUGAUUAGGAAACGCAAAGAUUUCAUAACAGUUCUCUGAGGUCACUAUGCCAAGAUCUUUUCUAGUUAAGCUGAAAAAGAGCGCUUGUGUGUCUCCAUGGGAUGAUGGAGGAUCAGUUAUUCCAUGUGAAACUUCGUCCAUGUGGGAACCAAUACGAGUGGAAAUCGAGCCUGCGCAAGUAUUUAAACCCAUCAAGCUGGACCUACAUACUCUAGAUCCUCCCUGCCCAACUGGAAAAGGACAGUUUAACUCGGAUUCACAUUUCUUUAAUCCAUACAGCUUCAGUCCUUUCCAGCUCAGUCCAUACACACAUACCUAUACGACAGAACAUUCAAGCUACAAUCGCAGUUCGUCUCCAAUUUACGACAGUCAGAUCCCACAUUCUCCUGACUUUGACGGAUCACUAGUGCCAUCUCCAACGAAAAGCGACGAUGGAUUUCCAAGAGCAAGUAUUUUCGUCCCCGGGAAUGGAUUUUUAGACAUUAAACCAUCCAAGCCUCAAUCGCCAAUAACCUCGAAUACCGUUAGUACACCGGUUGGAAGAAAAAGGCGAAGUGGAGUUCCCAAGACAUUUACUUGUGAAGUUUGCGGCAAAGUGUUCAACGCGCAUUACAAUCUGACCCGACAUAUGCCAGUUCAUACAGGCGCACGUCCCUUCAAAUGCAAGAUAUGUGGAAAGGGAUUUCGACAGGCCAGCACACUCUGUCGCCAUAAAAUUAUUCACACCAAAGAAAAACCCCACAAGUGCAACAUUUGUGACAAAGCUUUCAACCGCUCGUCAACUUUGAACACUCAUAUAAGAAUUCACGCAGGCUACAAGCCGUUUGUAUGUGAUAUUUGCGGGAAAGGAUUUCAUCAGAAAGGGAACUAUAAAAAUCAUCGUUUGACGCACACUGGAGAGAAGCCAUUUAAGUGUCAUAUCUGUGGCAAAGCAUUCCAUCAAGUCUACAAUUUAACAUUUCAUAUGCAUACGCAUAACGACAAGAAACCUUUUACAUGCAAAGAGUGCGGUAAAGGUUUCUGCAGGAACUUUGAUUUGAAGAAACACGUUCGAAAAUUGCACGAGAAUAAGCAAACCCAAGUUGCCAGCGAGUAAAUUUGUUUGUUAACAAACUCAAUUAAUCAAAACUUACCGAAUGUAUUAGAUCAAAAAAUGUUUCUUAACACAAACUUUAUUGAAUAUUGUAUAUAGUUAGCGUGUACAAACUGAUAUGAAUUGUGAAUAUGAUAUAGUUCUAAUCGUUCAGCUGAAUGUAAAUAUGACUGUACGAGGUGGCACGUGCAUGAACAAUACAGACGGAAUAGCCAGUACAAAGGCAAUGACAUUAAGAGUGAAGCGUCUCAACUAUUUAGCAACUUUAUAACGUAUUUCACGGAAAUGAAUGUAAAUUUAUCAGGAAGACAAGUUAAUAAAAUCUAUUCAAAUAGUA